UAAAUCCCCCCUUCCCCAGGCUCUCUCCAAUCCAAAAAAAAAAAGGCAACAAGAAGAUCUAGUGUAUCGUGAGAGUAGUGAAACCAUGAAGUUCUCAAACCUAACAUUCGCUUUGGCCUGCGCCAUGUUCUUGGCCAUGGCUCACACCACCAUCGCCCAAAACUCCCCACAAGACUUUGUGAGCGCCCACAACGCAGCCCGGGCGGCCGUCGGCGUCGGCCCGGUGUCGUGGGACAACACCGUGGCAGCCUACGCCCAGAACUACGCCAACCAGCGAAUCGGCGACUGCCAGCUCGUCCACUCCGGCGGACCGUACGGUGAGAACCUCUUCUGGGGAUCAGGUAGGGAGUACACCGCAGCGGAUGCUGUGAACUUGUGGGUGAGUGAGAAGCAGUGGUACGACUACAGCACCAACACUUGCGCCGCCGGGAAGGUGUGCGGUCACUACACCCAGGUGGUGUGGCGAGACUCCACCCACAUCGGCUGCGCUCGGGUGAAAUGCAACAGUGGCGCCAUCUUUAUUAUCUGCAACUACAAACCUCCGGGCAAUAUCGUGGGGCAGCGCCCAUAUUAGUUAUAAGCCGGGCUCUUCUCAUGGUAGGGAGAGUAUCUGUACUAUUAUUAGUAUGGUUUACAAAAUAAGACCUGGGAUAAUAUUUCCUUUGCAUGAAGCCGUCUGGGUUUUGAAAACCUGGACAUGAUCCUUGUUCUCAAUAAAAAGAAAAGGUUUUGGUGAUUCUGGGGAAAUAAAAAUUCACAAGCAGACGCAGUAGUUUUAUAUUU